ACCACAAUCCUAAAGAACAAAAUGAGGAAGCCGGAAUCCGCCAACAGCCGCCUGAGAAAGGGCCUCUGGUCGCCGGAGGAAGACGAGAAGCUCAUGACAUACAUGCUUACCAAUGGCCAAGGCUGCUGGACCGACAUCGCCCGAAAUGCCGGCCUCCUCCGCUGCGGUAAGAGCUGCCGCCUCCGCUGGAUUAACUACCUCCGCCCCGACCUCAAACGUGGCGCCUUCUCCCCCCAAGAGGAGCGCCUUAUCGCCCAUUUCCAUUCUCUUCUGGGCAACCGGUGGUCUCAAAUAGCCGCACGUCUUCCUGGACGAACGGAUAAUGAAAUAAAGAAUUUUUGGAACUCUACAUUGAAAAAAAGAUUGAAGAACCGCAGCAACUCUUCCCCAAACCCUAGUGAAUCACAUGAACCUAGGAAUUGCAGCUUUGGAGAGAUAAUUGAAAACAUCAUUCCCAUGCAUGAACACGACAACAUCAUCAACGACACAUGCAUGGAUAACUCAUCUUUUCCAUCGUUAGCAUCCAUGCCUCCAACCUUGUUUGUCGAAAACAACUAUAUCCCUUAUGACCCAUUCCCUCUAUUAUUGGAUAUGGUUGGUGGCACAACGGAGGAGGGGUAUUGUGUGGAUUACAAAAGAGUAUUAGAACCUAAGGAAGUUCGAGACUUAUGUGACUUUUCUUAUCUUCCUCCGCUGGGCAAUGGCGACAUCGAAGAGAUUAAGGUUCCAUCAAUAGAUAUAAAAGAAAAUAUCGAAAACAGCAACAACAACAGUGAUCGAUUCAAUAAUUGUUGCUUCAGUUAUACUAAUGAGAUGAACUUUAAGGUGGAGGACAUUUUUGGAAAUAAUUGCCAAAGUCAGCUGCAAGAAAAUUUGAAAACAGGAGGUUGGGAUUUGGAGGGUUUUAUCCAAGAUUUAUCAUGCUUCCCUAUCCUUGAUUUUAAAAUGGAUUAA